AUGUACUCUACGACAUCACUUACUGCGUCUGGUUUGCAUUCCGCGACAGCCUUCAUAAAUUUCUUGUCAAAAUUGAAAUAUCCUAAUGUUUCAGCUUUACAACCAGAGCAAAUAUUGUGGGCUUUUGAGAAUAAAGAAACGCGUUAUUUACUUAACUGGCUAUGUGAAACAAUUGAUGAAAAAAAUUUAAUUGGUAAUAACGAAGGUGGUCUGAAAGAAUACGAAAGCCUUGAAAAUGAAAUCGAUAUAUUGCGAAAGAGACAUGAUCGCGUAUCUAAUCACCGUGACCAGCUUAAGAUAACAUUAGAAGAUUUAGAAAGUCAGCUCGCAGACUUGAAGAGAAUCAAUCGUAAUUUAGAUGGGCGAAGUAAAGAAGUUGAUUCGUUGAUUCAACAGGAGUCCAUUAAGCUUGAUGUUGAGACAAACGCCUUGUUUGUUACGUUGUCUGAAGUAUUGUCUGAAAGAGACACGCGUGAAGGAAGUGGAAAAGCGAAAACCUUUAUAUUUCAAUGCACAAAUGAUAUCCAGGAUAUAGUAAACAUUGAUCAAGCAUUCACACAUGAACUUCAACAAUUCCGUGAGAACCUACUCCCACAAAAUAUAGAUGGAAUUUUCGAUCUGAGAACUUUAUAUGAUGAAAUUAAACGUCUAAAAUCUCUCUGCCCGAAAACUGAACUUAAAUAUAUUGAAGCGAUUACUCGUCGUGAAUAUAUGACUACAUAUUUACGAACGCUCGAAAAUGAUACCUUAGGGCUAGAUUCAUUUAUUCCUGACUUCAAUAAUUUAGAAUCAAAACGUGAUCAAUAUAUAAGCGACAGUACUAUAUUGAACCAAGAGGUCAAGUCGGUUUUGACUUCAAGAAUUGGAGAAUAUUUAAAAGAUCUCACUGUGUUGCAAAUUGAAAAUCCACUAUUGUUGGCCAAUUAUUCUAUUCAAUUAAAGUAUCAAAAGUCGUUAAUAGAUAGAUUUAAUUUGGUGAACGAUAUUUUAUUAUCUCAAUAUUCGCGUACUCAAUUCAUCUCUAAAACUCUCAAUCUCGAAUCGGACGAUCAAAAGGCAGUCUACAGAUUGCUUUCCGAUGUUACAAAGAAGUUAGAACAUCGCAGGGAUUGUGUUACUGCACAAAAAACACUCAUGUCUGUACCUGAUUUUGUGGAACCAAAUAUAGAAAAAACAGUUGUAGGAAGUGGUGAUCAUUUAUUAUUAUCUAUUAACAGAUUAAUGGAUUUGGAAAUGUUGAAAAUGCGUAGGUCUUUAAGAUAUUCAGGAGAGCAAUCUUCGCCUUUUAUUACGUACGAAUCUUUAAAAGAAAAGAUUGCCGAAGUUGAUCAAACAAGAAACAACCUAUUUUCUAGAGUAAAUGAAGAGUUGGUAGUACAACAAGAAUUCUCCAAUUCUUGCAGGGGAAUUGAACAAAUUUUGACUUCUAUACUUUAUAAGGACUCCAAGACUUUAGAUCUUUUAUUUGCGCCUAGA